CCGGCGCUUGGGUUGCGUUGCAUUGCGUUGCCGCCGUAGCAUCCUAGCGGUUGGACUCAAACGCGGAGGCCCGGGACUGACGCCGGUUGAACGGGUCUGGAGACAGCCCUUGGGCGAAGCGGCCUGACUAGACUGAUCAAAAGGAUGGAUUUUACAGAGGCUUACUCAGACACAUGCUCUACAGUUGGACUUGCUGCCAGAGAAGGCAAUGUUAAAAUUUUAAGGAAACUGCUCAAAAAAGGUCGAAGUGUGGAUGUUGCUGAUAACAGGGGAUGGAUGCCAAUUCAUGAAGCAGCUUAUCACAAUGCUGUAGAAUGUUUGCAGAUGUUAAUUCAUACAGAUUCAUCUGAAAACUACAUUAAGACAAAGACAUUUGAGGGCUUCUGUGCAUUACAUCUUGCUGUGAGUCAAGGACAUUGGAAAAUCACACAGAUUCUUUUGGAAGCUGGAGCAGAUCCUAAUGCGACCACUUUAGAAGAGACCACACCAUUGUUUUUAGCUGUUGAAUGUGGAAAGAUAGAUGUGUUGAAGCUGUUGCUUCAACAUGGAGCAAAUGUCAACGGAUCCCAUUCUAUGUGUGGAUGGAAUUCCUUACACCAGGCUUCUUUCCAGGGAAAUGCUGAGACUAUAAAACUGCUUCUUGAACAAGGAGCAGACAGAGAAUGCCAAGAUGACUUUGGAAUCACACCUCUGUUUGUGGCUGCUCAGUAUGGGAAGCUAGAGAGCUUGCGCAUUCUUAUUUCAUCUGGUGCAAAUGUCAAUUGCCAAGCCUUGGAUAAAGCUACACCUUUGUUUAUUGCUGCACAAGAGGGUCAUACAAAAUGUGUGGAACUUUUGCUGUCCAGUGGGGCGGAUCCUGAUCUUUAUUGUAAUGAAGACAAUUGGCAAUUACCUAUUCAUGCUGCUGCACAAAUGGGCCAUACAAAGACCUUGGACUUGUUAAUACCAGUUACUAACCGGGCUUGUGACACUGGACCAGACAAAGUGAGCCCUGUUUACUCUGCAGUGUUUGGUGGCCGGGAAGAGUGCUUGGAAAUGUUACUGCAGAAUGGCUAUAGCCCAGAUGCACAGAUGUGCCUGGUGUUUGGAUUCAGUUCCCCUCUGUGCAUGGCUUUCCAAAAAGACUGUGAGUUCUCUGGAAUUGUGAAUAUUCUUUUGAAGUAUGGAGCCCAGUUAAAUGAACUUCACUUGGCAUACUGCCUCAAGUAUGAGAAGUUUUCAAUGUUUUGCUGUUUUUUGAAGAAAGGUUGCCUGAUGGUACCUUGGAAUCAUACAUCCGAAUUUGUAAGUUAUGCAGUUAAAGCACAAACAAAAUAUAAGGCAUGGUUGCCACAUCUCCUGCGUGCUGGAUUUGACCCAUUGAUUCUACUGUGCAGCAGCUCUUGGGUUGAUUCAGUCAGUGAUGAUAUUCUUAUCUUUACUUUGGAAUUUUCUAAUUGGAGGAGACUUCCUUCGGCAGUUGAAAAGAUGCUCUCUGUUCGUGCAAACUCCUCUUGGGCUCUUCAGCAACAUAUGGCCUCUGUUCCAAGCCUAAGCCAUCUUUGUCGUCUGGGAAUCCGGGCCAGUCUGAAAGCAGAGCACCUUCAUUCUGACAUUUUCGUCCACCAGUUACCACUUCCCAGGAGUCUGCAGAGCUAUUUGCUCUAUGACGACGUUUUGAGAAUGAAUGAGAUUUUAGAACCAGCAGCUAAUCAUCAUGGAGAAAUCAGCGGGGCCACCUGACACAGGUCUUUUAAUUCUGGUUAGUCACAAAAGAUGGCUUGUGUGAUUGUUUGGAUUGGGGAUAAUAGGAAAUGUAAAUGUUUACAGCUGGUUUCCCAGCUCACCUCUUUCCCAAUGUUGUAAAGCUUAUUCAUCUUGCCUUAGUCAAUUUUAUUUCCAUUGCACUUUGUUGUAUACUAUUUGUUUACCUGACCAUUUUCUACAUUAUUCUGCUAAUAAGCUGUGAUACUGCUGUGGUGCUGGACAUGACAUCUUUCUACUUAGGAUUCAUGUUCACCUGUGCUAGAAGCUAAGGAUAGAAUCCAUAAACUUCCCAGGAAGAAUUUAUAACAUCUGUGCUUUUGAAUUAUGUUCUGUUGUUAUUAUUUUAUUUAGGGAUGAAUAUCUUCAGUGUUAAUAAAGAUGAAAUUUUCCUCCAUGUCAUAA